UUUGAAGCAUCCACAAUGGUCUGGUCUACAAAACUGGAGAGAGAACCCAGUCAACCACAACCGUUUCUGGGUAUCCUCCGGUCCCCAAUCACUGGCACUUUCAGGAUUUGAUGAAGUAGAUGAUGGCCCAAUGGCAUUGAGUUCUUCUCUAGCAAAGAUAGGUGCUUUGGUUCUCAACACUGCUGACCCUCUAACCAAAUCGAAGCUCUCUCACAUGGCCUACUCUCUCUGGCACCGACAAAAUUUGCCAAUCAAGGUUUCUCAACUGCCCUAUCAUCCUACUCGCUCUCCUAAACCUCAACUGGUUUCAAAGGAAAUUCCAGCUCCCAAAAGCUCGGGUUUGCCUCUCAAUGCUUAUAUGCUCCAUAAUCUUGCUCAUGUGGAGCUGAAUGCUAUUGAUUUGGCAUGGGAUACUGUUGUCCGAUUUUCACCACACUCUGAACUUCUUGGAGAGGGGUUUUUUUUUUUUGUUGAUGAUUUUACUCAUGUUGCUGAUGAUGAAAGUCGCCAUUUUGCUUGGUGUUCACAGAGAUUGGCUGAACUUGGUUUCAGUUAUGGAGACAUGCUAGCUCAUAAUCUUCUUUGGAAGGAAUGUGAGAAAUCAUCACACAAUGUUGCUGCACAUUUGGCUGCAGUUCCACUUGUUUAGGUUUUAGACCCAUGUUCUUGAGACCAAAGUGAAGAGCUUGGUGAGAGCAAAGUUUUGAUCAGUGGAGAUUAAAAUCCGACAAAAUAAAAAAUUGGGGUUUUGCUUGUUUUCUAUUCUAGCUUGAGGUAGGGAUUUUUUCUACACUUCUUUAUGCACUUUUACUUGAUUAUAGGGAGCUUAGAGUUGUAUAUAAUUCAAUUAGAAUUUUUUGAAAAAUUUGUGAUUUAUUUGCUUAGAAGA